GAGGCGGGGCAAGACAGAGCCCCGGCUGUUCUUCUCCCGUCUUACAACUGAGAAGUGGGUUGCUGGACCUUCUGAUUAUUAUUAUUUUUUUUAAUUCAAGAUUCUCUUUAAUUUCCCGCCUAAAACCUCCUCAACCAUAAGGCCGCAUCUCCCGUAAUAAAAUGAAUUCUGAUUCGAGCUCUGUCUCCAGCAGAGCGUCAUCUCCGGACAUGGAUGAGAUGUACCUAAGAGACCACCACCACCGCCACCAUCACCACCACCAGGAGAGUCGUCUCAACUCGGUCUCAUCCACCCAAGGCGACAUGGUGCAGAAGAUGCCUGGGGAAAGCCUCUCGCGAGCCGGCGCCAAGGCGGCCGGAGAAAGCAGCAAGUACAAAAUCAAGAAGCAGCUGUCGGAGCAGGAUCUUCAGCAGUUGCGCCUGAAGAUCAACGGGCGCGAGCGCAAGAGGAUGCACGACCUGAACCUCGCCAUGGACGGCCUGCGAGAGGUCAUGCCCUAUGCGCACGGGCCCUCCGUGCGCAAACUCUCCAAGAUUGCCACUCUGCUGCUAGCCAGAAACUACAUCCUCAUGCUCACCAGCUCCCUGGAGGAGAUGAAGAGGUUGGUAGGCGAGAUCUACGGGGGUCACCACUCGGCCUUCCACUGUGGGACUGUGGGGCACUCGGCCGGCCACCCGGCGCACGCAGCGAACGCCGUGCAUCCGGUGCACCCCAUCCUGGGCGGUGCGCUCUCGUCCAGCAACGCCACGUCCCCGCUGUCCGCGGCCUCCCUGCCUGCCAUUGGCACCAUCCGACCUCCCCACUCGCUGCUCAAGGCGCCCUCCACGCCGCCCGCGCUGCAGCUGGGCAGUGGCUUCCAGCACUGGGCGGGGCUGCCCUGCCCCUGCACCAUCUGCCAGAUGCCACCGCCGCCGCACCUGUCCGCCCUCUCCACGGCCAACAUGGCCCGGCUGUCCGCCGAGUCCAAGGACUUGCUCAAGUGAGCCGCGGGCCUGCCCGGGCCGGGAGGAAGAAGGGAGAACUGAGGCAGGGGUCGCGGUGCAGGGGCCAGGAGGGGAGGGGAGACUGCUUAGCCGGCAGGAGGGUGGGCGCACAGUUCCGGGGCCUCGCCUGCGGCCCAAGAGAUCCACAUCCUAUGACCCACCCCAGCGGGGCGUACCAAAACCAAACUGGGAUGUCUAGGUGUUAGCGAAUGGGGACUGGACCCCGACGUCGUGUUUUGCAUGCAUGCUUCUCUUCCUCAUGCAGCGCCAGUAUUUCUUACUGCCAUAUGCUCUUGUCAAAACCGCAUUUGUUGUUUAAAAACGGGACCGGUGGAGUUAAAAACUUGAGAAGGAACUUGGAGUUGGCUUUCUCUGGGUGUGUUCUGAUCUUGGAGGAAAAAUGGCCAUCUCUUUUGUGCAACGCAAAUGUAAAUAUUUCAUCGAGAUAGAUGCAGUUAUGAUUGUCUCUGUCCUUAUAGUUUUUUUCUAGAGACGAGAACGAGAGAGAGAGAGAGAGAGAGAGAGAGAGAGAGAGAGAGAGAGAGAGAGAGAGUCAGAAUCCAAGUUUUGAAUCUCAGCUUCUGUCCAGGGCAUGAACCUCCUAUGUGGGCUUUCUUUUCCACGCAGUAUAGGUCAAAAGAAUGCAUGCGCGCUUCUAAAUGAAUCUUGUCUAAACAUGUUGUGCAGGCCAUUUUCCUUGUAACAAGGAUUUAUUAGUGAAUUCUCCAAAGUACUCCAUAUAUCUGUCUGUGGUUGUAGGAAAUGAAAAAGGGGGGCCAGAGUGCAAAGAUUCACGCUCAGUGCACAUGGCAAUUCUUUCCCCAAGCCCAAGGCUGUCUCUCGUCCUUCAAGUUUCAUUACAACCUUAGGGCUGUUCCAAGGGACCAGAGGCUACAAAACUGGUCCCCCCUCCAGUAGCUCACCCCACCCCCUUGCCAAAUUAUUCUGCAUGCGGGGUUGGCUCUGUCUGUGAUCCUUCAGCUUUGAAAACUUCCUGUGUUUGGGGGGGGAGGGCGGGCUGCCAUUUUUAUUUUCCUGAGCAUUUGCUUGAAAUAUUUUGUUAGGGCUUCAAAGACAAUACCUGUCUUUAUUUUUUAUAUAUUCUUGAUAACUAUGAUAUAUUUAUUAAUAACCAGUGUUUCUGGAUGAGAUUUCAAAUAAAAAAGAAUCUUUAAAUCC